AUGGUCUAUAUUCUGCAGCUUCGACAAUAUGUUGGCACGCAAUUUACGUUCGGUCGCAAGUCGGCGUGUAAAGAGACAGACUGGUGGAAAAUUAGCCAGUACCUCGAAGAGUCAAACCAGAAGCUGGUGAGACAACGAAUCAUGUCCUGCGGUCGUCAGAAGCACUCACAAGUCCUGAGCAAGCCUCGAAUGGCAAUGACUUCGUCAAGGUUUACCUUCACAAUGUUCUCGUGUCCAGCGGGAAUCUCACCGGACGUUGCGGACCAUCAUACUUCUACCCAGGCCAGGCGUCCAGCCGAGUUACUGUACAGGCAGCCCGCGCGGAAGAGUCCUCAGAUACCGCCUCGUACUAUCGAUCCUUACACAUUAGAUGAAGUCCCACAGAGCCUGGAGUAUGCCAGACUUGGUGUAAAGUACUCGCCAGGACGAAGCGACGCGGAAGUCCAGGCGGCGAGUAAAUCCUUCGCCAUCUUCUUCCGGCGACUCGAAGGCCACGUGCUCGAUCUGGGGAUCAGCCAAGACGAAUGCGCAAAGUGGAAUAAUGAGCUCUCCACGCCAGAUUCGCCUAUGCCUGUACCAUAUGCGUUUACGACGAUAUCUCAUGAACGAUGUGGGAAGACCUUGAUCAUGCAUCUUGGCCCGUUUAAUGAAGUGCACGUAAGGGCGACGUUCGUCAAUGCUACUGGCACAAACUAUUGGGCUAUUGAAGUGACUGUCGCAGAACGAAGACCGAGACUUGAAGGAAUCCGUCAGGAACUCUGGAAAGUUCUGCAAGGCUGUGUAGCGCUAGCUCACGACAAAGGGGCAAGGGUGAUUCGUCUGGACGACUUCGUGCGGCGAACAUUCAAGAAGCUGGACAGGAAAUUGGAUUCUUUUCAGUGGUACCAUGUGUUAGACCAUGUGUAG